UAGCCAACUGAACCACACCAGUUAGCAGUUAGUAACUUAGCAAGCAGCGCGUACUGUUGAGCUAGGUUAGGCUUACUAGCAUGUAACCCCUGAAGCUAAUGAUAGCACAAUUUGGUACUAAUAACGGUAGUUAACCCAUGUUUACAGAUCAGCAGUAACCGAUGUGCAACUAGCUCAUAGCUAGCGACUAGCUAGCUAAUUAGAGAGUGAAGCUAACGUCUAGGGCAGUUAAACUGUACCUGCGUGCUGUCACAACUUUGAUAUGUCGCAGCAGAUGAAGUGGAAUUCAGCAAAUGACAGUGUGGAGGAAUUAAUGGAUGAGUCUCCUCUCUUAUCCGAGUCUUCCGACCCUCCUCAGUUAAAGUCUUCAGCGAGCGGCAUCUCAGAAAAUGAAUUUUCUUGUCACUGUUGCUAUGACAUCUUGGUCAACCCUACUACCCUGACCUGCGGUCAUAACUUCUGUCGACACUGUCUCGCUCUAUGGUGGGAGUCCUCGCAGAAGAAUGAGUGCCCAGAGUGCCGGGAGAAGUGGGAAGGCUUUCCUAAAAUCAACAUACUGCUGAGGGAUGCAACUGACAAACUUUUUGGUGAGGUCUUACAGCGGAGGAAAGCGGAAAUCCAGGCAAACCCCAAAAUCUCCCGGAGCUUGUUGGCUUUCCAGAGAUAUGGUGACAACUUGGGUAGAUCCAAGACAACCCAGCACAAAGGAGCAGGCUUCUUCUUCUCUGGAGUCCUAACUGCACUCACAUGUGUGGCUGUGAUGGUGUUGGUGUAUCACUGGAGCAGUGGUCCAGUGGACCAGCAUGACCUGCUGAUCACUAAGCCCGUGUCUCACUGGACACCUGAAGAGGUUGUAUCCUGGCUCGAAAACCUGGGUCCCUGGGCCCAGCUGUACAAAGAACCCUUCCAGCAGGAAAACGUCAAUGGAAGGCUCCUGUUGAUGCUGGGGGAAGAAGAGUUGUUGAAAUCGCCUUACAGCAUUGAAAAUCUGGCUCACAGACGGGUUAUUCUGGCUGAACUAGAAAGAGUUAAAGCUCUUGGGGUCAAACCUCCCCAGAACCUCUGGGAAUACAAGGCGGCUAAUGCGGGGAAGUCUCUGUUCUUGCUGUAUGCACUGAAGCGCUCCCCUCGUCUCACAAUCUUUUACUUGUAUUUGUUUGACUACUCUGAGACCUUCCUGCCCUUCCUGCACACUUGUUGUCCAGCCGUCACAGACAGCGAUCAACCAGUGGAGAGCAGUUUUGUCAGCUCACAGGUGGAUCCCAGCUGGCAACAAUGGGCAGAGUUUCUUGUGAAGUACUGCCUGCUUCCAUACCAGCUGAUCGCAGAGUUUGCUUGGGACUGGUUGGCCGUUCACUACUGGACAUCCCGUUUCAUCAUUGUUAACGCCAUGCUGCUGUCUGUCCUUGAAGGUUGCGCCCUAUGGAGGCUGUGGAUGAGAGCCAGGAUCAGGACUCUUCCACAAAUGAUGUGGAGCCACUUGUGGAAAAUGCUAACUCAGGGAUUUGCAUUUGCCCUCCUUUGGCCCUUUGUCCCACAGUUUGUGUGCAACUGCCUCUUCUACUGGGCACUCUACUUCAGUCCCAUCAUUAAUAUCGACCUGGUGGUGCAGCAGUUAAUGCACCCUGAAACAGUAGCAUUGUGACAGACGGCACUGGAUGAGGAGGUGCCCAAUUGAUGUGGGACAAUUUGCAGCAAAUAAGUUGAUGAGAAGUGUUUAUUUUUAGCAGUAAACGCAUUGAAGACUGGCUUUAUCUACUGUUGGGGAAUUUGUCUUGGUUCUUGAUUUGUCUCUCUGCCGGAUGGUUGCCAUGUUGAACAAUAGAGGCACCAGACUACUGCAGGAGAAACAAAACCAAUGAGGUGAGAAACAAGUAAUAGUGUCUGACUUGGGUUGAUCACUGCAGUGAUCUUUUUGCAUCCACAGUGCAUUCACAAACCACGAUGCCUAACGGUCCGGGGUGGUAAGCGGAAUGAUAAGACGUGUUUCAACACUCACUGGAGUAAAGAUUGGACUCGCGACGUGGUGCUGAAAGCUUUGUAGCCCUGGCAUAGCUGUAGUCCAAUAGAACAUGCGUUUUUAUGCUUAUACAGAGUAAGUGAAGUUGGAACAAAACAAAUAAGGAUACAUGUUUUUACAUCUGUUAUCAAAUAUCAUUCUGGCAUGUAAUCUACUUUUAUAGAUUAAUAACCUCAGGCUGCUUCAGGAUUAUCCAUCCAGAAUCUGAAGCAGUAUUUAUAACUCUGCAUAAAUUCUGAUGCAUUUCUUACAUUUUCACUGUGAUUGUGAUCUCGGUGAUCUACAGAGCUGUGUGAGAAGUCAUUCUGUGAUGUUUGGUAACAUGACUGAGAAGUGUCAAGUGAGGUUUGUAGUUCAGCAGUCUGUUUGGCCUCUCAGGCUUUAGCGCCCUUCCAAGUGCAAACAGAGACAGUCUGGCGGAACAAAUGUUCUAUGAAGUUUGUUCCGGCGGUUCCAGCAUUUGCCUUCACAAGAUUUGUGAUGCUUAGAUUUGAAAUUUUUAAUAUUGUGUUUUUUAAAAUUUGUUUAGGUAAUGCAUAUAACUUCUACUUUUUUUUAAAAUAUUAUAUAUAUUUUUUGUUUUUAUUUGCUCACACUGCUGAGAAAUAUUGUUGCCCUUUUUAAAAAUUGUUCAAGUAAUUCACAGUAUAUGUUUCCAUUUCAUGGGUGGACCAAGCUAAUCAGAAAUUAGUGGGGUUUUUUUUUUUUUUUUUUUUUAAUAUGUUCAUUUGCACUGAAAAAUCUUACACUGUGAUGAUGAUGAUGAUUAUCAUUAUUAUUAUUUGUGCUCUUUUGUUCUUGAAUGAUACUUUACAAAAUAAAGAUUUAUAUUAAAUCUGAAGGAGUAUUCAUAGCCACAUAUAAAUGACUUUCUAAAUUCUGAUUCAUUCUGAUAAAGGAGCCUCAACCAACUCCUGAGUGCAUAAAACAACAUU